GCGCGGCUGGCAACGACGACAAACAAACACCAUCCAGCAACACAUCCACGACAAUGGGAGACUUCUCCACGUCGCUGACGCUGUCGGCACUCAAGGACUUGCUGGCAACGCCUCAGGAAAAUGAAGAGGAUACUGCUGACAACAACAAGUACUCUGCGGGACCCGCCUUUGCAACACCGGGAGGCAUUGCAUCGAGCAGCACGGGCAAUGGCACUGAAGCACAGCCUGCGAUGGUGACACGCAAGUCAGCCAAGGACAAACAGAUUCGCCAGGCGCAGCAAGAAAAGCUGGCAAACUCAAAGGACAUCUGGACAGAGGACGAGGUCGAGUCGGAAAAUCACGCAACCAUUGACGAUGACGACAGACCAGAGCCAAAGUACACUUUGCACUUUAAACAGGCAGUUACACCAGAGGACAUGUAUCUCGGAAUGAGUGGCCGUAACCCUUCUAGUCACAGCUGUAACGAGAUUGUGGUGGUGGUGGAGCUGCCGGCCCACGACGUCAAGCACGUUGACUUGCAAGUGAAGCGGGAGUCCAUGAACGUGCUGACGCCAACACACCGCCUCAACCUCACGCUGCCACACCCCGUUGAUGACAAGAACGGCAAGGCGCAGUGGAUUGCAGACAAGCAGCAGCUGCGGGUCACCCUGCCCGUGAAGCGUGACUAUGACUUCCUCCUUGAAUCGUGAUGGCCGAGUGGCGGCGUGAUGUGAUGGUGUUGGCGAACGUUCGUCGUUUGGCAACUACUGUAUUUCUAUGAAAACAGCCAGCAGGGACACGCCAGCAACGCACAUACUGGCAUGUGCAUGCACGUGAAAACGGGGGAACAAAGCUUCAAAUAGUCUGUAACGCAAGUAAAAGGAACAAUAUGAUG